CAAGCAAUACGUCCGUGAAUGAGGUCGCACUGUGGUCCCUGGGUGAUCCUCGCCUACCCCAAGCACUAGAAAGCGACAGCGGGGUCGCUGUGGCGAGGGCCCAAGAACCGGGAACAGACCCUAGAUGCGAAAAUCCAGGGAGGUUACGAAGUAAGCGAUUGACUCAGUGUGUUAAACUUUCUUCCUGCGCGAAAGAACCCACUUCCAAUCCACCCCCAUUUUGACGGUGGACGGAAGCGGGCAGCAGGUGGUUCCGCUGGAUACCAGGCAGCUCGGUGUUUAUAUACCCUACAGGACGAGUCACGUCAUAAGUCCAAAAAUAAAACAGCUGACGGUCGCAUUUACUUCGGAUAUCCUCUGAAUUGUUCUUAUUAUUUAAACGACCAGGGCCAGGGCGUUAUAGAUUGCCCUCCACUGUGGGAUGUGAGGCCCAUGACUGCACUAGACAGAUGCAGCCUGCUUAUUCCUUUGGGAGAUUGGAAGGACGAGUCCACUUCAAGGACUGGAGUCCCGGCCCGGCCUACUACAUCGACCCUAGGAUUACCCGUACUGGGAUAGACGGCACCCCCGUGUACUCUUUGCUGGCCAGACAGAGGGACCCAAAUACCUUCAAAACCCCUUCUCCUGGUCUUUACUCUCCGGAGAAGGUUCAUCCUCAGGGGGAGAGACACGCCCCCCAGUACUCCAUCAGCGCCCGCACUAGACUGAGGCGCAUCGACCAGAACCCGGCCCCUAAUAAGUACACCCUGCCGCCCAUAAUCGGCAACAAGCAGCCCAACAAAGCCGCGGCUCCAGCCUACGACAUCACCAGCCGCAGAGAGAUCGGCAGUUACCUGGAGGACCUGUGUAAGACCCCAGGCCCGGGGAAGCACAACGCUACUCACCCCAACGUCAACAAAACCAUGGCCCCCCUGUAUUCCAUCAGAAGCAGGAGCUAUGCCCCCGGGGACAACACCCAAAAGCCCGGACCUGGAGCACACAGUCCAGAGAAAGUCGUCAUUGCCCGCCCUCAGGCUCCCAAACAUUCACUGGGGAUUCGCCAUUCCGAGUUUAUCUGCCCACUCAUUGCUGAAGGCUAGCUUUUCCCUUACCACUGCAACGGGAAUUAUGGACUAAUGAGAACUUUUUUUUUCAAAAAAUUAUGUUGAAAUUUUUUUAAUUGGGAUUUUAAUGUAAUGACAGUGAAAGUGUCAAUUCUAAAUUUUAGUAAUAUUUUUUGUGUAAAGAAUUUCUGCGUUCUGUAGAACGGAAUAAAUUGCGUAAAAUGAC